GAUGGAUCUAGGUUUUUGUUUUUCUGUCUCGAGUCUGUCUCUCCAUAUCUGGUUUAGGUUAGGAUCUCAACAUGCGCUCUGAUUGGCUCAGACUUUGGACUGAAGGGUACGUUUUCGCCACACCCUAUAAUAAAUCUUAUUCUAGGCAUUUUGUUUUCGGAUCACCCUGAGGCGCGUUAACGGCACGCUGCAGGAUAACUUUCUCAUUUCUACUGUUCUUUUUUUUUAAAGGAUUCUAAUCUAAAAUACGUAUUUUAAUAAUCCUGGAAGAAUAUCGUACUUGUUAUAAGUGAGGACUGCAGAUAUCUUUCGGAUUACAGCUGAACUUUUCAUCUUUUAUGAACUGCGCUAAAGAAGGAUCUAAAUAGAACUUAACUUAUAACUUUUCCGGCGCGUUUUUCAGUCUCUGGAACAACAAACAAUACUUUUAUAUUCACACAACUUCAGAGCUUCAGAAAAACUUCAGGUUUUUUUGGGGCCGAGUCUGAGUUGAGCGCGUAAAAACGCACGGCGGCUCCAUAUGGCGCACAUGUGCAGGCAGAUCACCGGCAGCGCGGCGAGCUGUGCGGGCUGGGUCGGGGUCAUCGUCGCCACCGCAACUAACGAUUGGGUCCGGACCUGCGACUACACGGUGACCACCUGCCUCCGCAUGGACGAGUUGGGCUCGCGGGGACUCUGGGCAGAGUGCGUCAUCUCCCCGGCGCUCUAUCACUGUGUGGCCCUCAGCCAGAUCCUCACCCUGCCCGCGUACGUCCAGACGUCCCGUGCUCUGAUGAUCUGCGCCUGUCUGCUCGGCCUGCCCUCCAUGCUGCUGGUUCUCAUGGCGAUGCCGUGCGUCCGGCUGCAGAACGACACCGCCGCCAUCAAGAGGCUCCGCGCCCGGGUGGGGGGGGUCCUGGUCAUCCUCAUGGGUGUGUGCGGCAUCAUAUCGACCAUCUGGUUCCCCAUCGGCGCCCACCACGAGGAGCACCUGAUGGCGUUCGGCGUCUCGCUGUACGCCGGCUGGAUCGGCUCCGUUCUCUGUCUCCUGGGCGGCUUCGUGAUCUUGUGUUGCCGCGGCACCGACCCCCCCGGGACCCCGAGCAGGGACAACAGCUUCUACUACUCCCGGCAAGGGGGCACGGCCACGCCGCUGGACCCCCCCGCCAACCACGCCAAGAGCGCCAGAGUGUGAACAUCCCCCCUCAUAACCCCCCCCUCAUCAAAGUCUAAGGGAG